GGGAGCGUGACGGCGAUCAUGGUGGAUUGGAAUCCUGGAUUUUUGGCACCGAAAAUAGUCGGGCGGGCGCGCGGUGCGGCCACCGAGGGCGGAGGCGCAGUGCGAGACGCUCCGCCGAGUGAACAGCCCGCUCGUGAGGCCAGUAACUGGCGUAUUUUUCAACCGGACCGUAAAAACAGAAAACCGCCAACAUGGACGCGAUCAAGAAGAAGAUGCAGGCGAUGAAGCUGGAGAAGGACAAUGCCAUGGACAAGGCCGACACUUGCGAGCAGCAAGCUCGUGAUGCCAACCUCCGCGCCGAGAAGGUGAACGAGGAAGUCCGUGAACUCCAGAAGAAGCUCGCACAGGUCGAGGAGGAUCUCGUCGUGAACAAGAACAAACUGGAGCAGGCCAACAAAGACUUGGAAGAGAAGGAGAAGACCCUUACAGCCACCGAGGCUGAAGUUGCUGCCUUGAACAGGAAGGUGCAGCAGAUUGAGGAGGACCUGGAGAAGUCCGAGGAGAGGUCCGGCACAGCACAGCAGAAGUUGCUCGAAGCCCAGCAGGCCGCUGACGAGAACAACCGUAUGUGCAAAGUACUGGAGAACAGGGCACAGCAAGAUGAGGAGCGUAUGGACCAGCUCACCAACCAGCUGAAGGAAGCUCGUCUGCUCGCUGAAGACGCUGAUGGCAAGUCCGACGAGGUUUCACGCAAGCUGGCCUUCGUUGAAGACGAACUUGAAGUAGCUGAGGACCGUGUCAAGUCCGGUGACGCUAAAAUCUCAGAACUUGAAGAGGAAUUAAAGGUCGUAGGUAACUCCUUAAAAUCCUUGGAAGUCUCCGAGGAGAAGGCCAACCAGCGCGUGGAAGAGUUCAAGAAGCAACUGAAGACCCUCACCAGCAAACUCAAGGAGGCGGAAGCGCGCGCCGAGUUCGCCGAGAAGACCGUCAAGAAACUGCAGAAGGAGGUCGACAGGCUCGAAGAUGAGCUGGGCAUCAACAAGGACCGGUACAAGAGCUUGGCUGACGAGAUGGACUCCACCUUCGCUGAGUUGGCUGGAUAUUAAAUAUCGCACUCCAAACACAAACAAACACACACAUUCUGGCGCGUUCACAAGCGCGCCGCAGUCAUACACUCACACAAAAGUUCGUACGUGAUGUAAUAUUUAUUAAUAUUUUAUGUAAAUUUAUUUACGAUUUUCAAUAAAAUUAAUUUAUAACUGUUGAAGUUUUCUUUAUGAUGAUGAAACACUAUUUUAACAUUGAUUUAUACUAUGUUAAUCUAUCUAAAAAUAACUUAUUUG